UCCGUUCCAUUCUCGGCUCUGGCACUGAAGUCUUCAGCUUUGGGAAGAAAUGAGUAAAACGGUAGCUUUUAAACGCAGUCUAAUAAUUAGAUUACUGCUGUUAACAAAUCUACGAUCCAUUGCAUCAUCACCAGACAAUCACCGCUAUAAUGUAGGAGAUCACGUCCCUUUAUUUGUCAACAAAGUUGGUCCCCUCAACAAUCCCAGUGAGACUUACCAAUACUAUGAAUUGCCAUUCUGCCGUCCAGAUCCUGUAAUACAAAAGGAGGAGUCCCUUGGGGAAGUUCUGAGCGGUGAUCGUUUGACUGAUGCUCUAUAUAAGUUGAACUUCCGGGAGAACAAAGUUGCAAAGACAUUGUGUCACAAAAAGCUUGAAGGAGAUGAUGUUGCAAAAUUUAGAGAUGCUGUCAUUAAUGAUUUUUACUUUCAGAUGUACUAUGAUGAUCUACCAUUUUGGGGGUUUGUUGGGAAAAUUGAAGAUAACAGUUGGACACUUGAGGACAAGUCACCCAAGUAUUUUCUGUUCAAACACGUACAGUUUGACGUGCUUUAUAAUGGAAACCAAGUUAUUGAAGUACAUACAAUUGGUGAUCCAAAUCAGGUUGUUAAUAUUACAAAAGAUGCUGUGAUUGAUGUUGAGUUCACUUAUUCAGUUACCUGGAAUACAACGUCAGCUGCCUUUGAUACCAGAAUGGAUAGAUAUUCAAAGGCUUCAUCCCUCCCAGUCCACCAGAAAAUUCAUUGGUUUUCGUUCAUCAACUCAUUUAUCACUAUUAUGCUAUUGAUGGGAUUACUUGCCUUGCUUUUCAUGCGGCGUUUGAAGAAUGACUUGAGAACGUUUUCAAGUGGAGAUGGAGAAGAAGACAAGGAGGUUGGUUGGAAAUAUAUUCACGGUGAUGUAUUUAGGUAUCCUCGAAAUAAGUCCUUGUUUUGUGCUGUCAUAGGCAUGGGUACUCAACUUUUAACCAUAGUCUUCUGCCUAUUUGUGUUGGUAUGUCUUGGUAUCCUCUUUCCGUACAAUCGUGGAACACUUAGCACUGCGCUUGUCAUUUUAUAUUCUCUGACAUCUGUAGUUGCUGGUUACACUACAGCGUCCUUCCACUGUCAGUUUGCUGAAACUGGUUGGGAAAGGAGUGUCCUUCUGGCUGGAAUCAUGUAUGCUGGUCCCCUGUUUGUGAUAGGUUCCAUCCUUAAUGUGGUUUCUGUAUCUUAUGGGGCAACAUCUGCACUCCCUUUCAGCACCAUCAUGGUUAUUAUUUUCAUAUACAUUUUUCUCACCAUUCCAUUGCUUGUGUUGGGUGGGGUGAUUGGAUACCUCUUUAGGUCUGAAUUUCAGUCACCUUGUGCUACAAAAAGAUACCCGAGGGAGAUUCCUCCAUUGGCUUGGUACCGGAAAACUCCUUGUCAGAUGUUUCUUGGGGGUUUCUUACCUUUUAGUGCUAUUGUCCUUGAGUUACAGCAUUUAUAUGCAAGCUUGUGGGGGUACCGGAUAUUCACUCUUCCCAGCAUUUUGUUUAUCAUUUUCAUCAUCCUCAUCCUGCUCACUGCGAUGUUAAGUGUUGGCUUGACGUAUAUUCAGCUAUCCAUGGAAGAUCAUCAAUGGUGGUGGAGAUCUGUGUUGUGUGGGGGUUCAACCUCUGUUUUUAUGUUUGCUUAUUGUAUCUACUUCUACGCGAGGUCAAGCAUGACUGGCUUAUUGCAAUUUUCAUUCGUCAUCGCCUACAAUGCCUGCGUGUGCUAUGCAUUUUUCUUGAUGCUUGGCACAGUAGGCUUCCGUUCUUCCCUGAUGUUCGUUCGAUACAUUUACCGAGCUGUUAAGAGUGAAUGACUCUGCCUCUUCAUGUUCAUGCUAAUGGCUAUCUUUCUGCCGCCACCGCAAACCCCUUAUAUCGCUAACCAUUUUAUUAAAAAUCAAGAAAAAAGGGAAGACACGGAAAGAAUGUGGCAUGAAAAGAUCAUGUUUGGCAUGAGAGAAAAUCAGAGUAUCUUUUAAUGCAAAUUUCCUUCUUUUCUUUCAAGGGUAAGGAGUUUGCAGUUGUUAGGAAAACAUUUAUGUGUACACCAUCCACAGAUUAUCAUCU